AUGGCUCACCUUCCGUCGUCAACCGCCAUAUUUUCACCUUCAAUAGCCCGCAUCGCCGCUUCUACUGCCAAGGACUGGAAUUAUGUCGACGGUUGGCUUGCUUGUAAAUUCCAAGGUCGUGCAGUACCACUUUUCGAAAGAAACCCUGAGACACUGAGAGUCCUCCUAGCCUUGGCCGCAUUGAAUGAGACUGCAGAUGACGAGCGUGAACUCGUAUCCAGGGCAGAGGCUGGAGCCCUUGAAAAUCUAAAUGCGGAUCGUGACCUGCUCGAUACUUCAUCAGAACUUCCGAUUCCCGUUACGGCCCGCGAGAGGAUCCUUGCCGCCAUUCAAGAUCACCUCACGCGUGAGGGGAGUACCGCCCUCAAUUCGAUGGCUACGCUAUCAUGCCAGCUAUCUGUUGCAUAUCCGGAGGCUAAGAGUCUUGGACGCUCCAUGAUAGAACUUCACGCCCAGGCCUCAGAGCUUGAGCAGACGAGGGUCCGCGUGCAUAUACUUUUGAAGUAUAUUGACCAAGAGUUCGCUACAGCAGACGAGCUAUUGCGAAAAUUACGCAGCGAUGACUACAAACCUACCAAUGACCUGGCUCGACAAAACUUGGAUAUGCAAAGGAGAAUCAAAGCCAUGGCAGCUCGCCUGCCUGAGCUGAAAGACCGCAUGUCAAACUCAAGUCAGUUAUCCGGUUUGCCUCGCGAUACUAUCGAACAAAUCGUUCAAGAAGAGAGCGAUUACAUCGAACUCCUUGCUCAAAAGAAAAGCCUAGACGCUCAGGUUAGUCAGUUUUCUAGCCUUCCAGAUGAUGUCAAGAGGGCUCGACUUGAGCUUGAUAACAUUCGUGCCGAGCUCCGCACCAUCAUUCAGCGUCGGGACAAUGUCUUUGAAGGGCUAGUUGAACGCGAAAGUCCGCGAAAGGGCCGCGGGUAA